GCCGAGCGAUUGGCUGAGCUGGAAAAAUGGGUGUGGGAAGCGCAUGAGCACAGCAUCCCCGGGACAGAAGGGGUGGCGGUGGUGGUAGCGAGUGAGUUGCAAGUGCGAGAAACUGUCCGGAGGAGCCUGUGACUCCCACCUUUCGCAAAUGCAGAGCCUGGUGACCUUUGAGGAUGUGGCUGUGUAUUUCACGAAGGAGCAGUGGGCUCUGCUGGACCCCAACCAACGAGCUUUGUACAAGGAAGUCAUGAUAGAGAAUUUUGGGAAUGUGGCCUCAUUGGGAUAUCCAGCUCCUAAGCCUGGCCUCGUCUGCCGUCUGGAACAAGGAGAGGAGCCCUGUGUGCCAGAUUCUCAGGACUUCGAUGAAAGGAAGAUCUUUGACACCAGCUCAGAUAAUCCUCGGAAAAAACACUUGUGCACUGUCUGCGGGAAACGUUUCACUCAGAAGCCAAAUCUUACCAGACACCUGAGAAUUCACACGGGGGAGAAACCUUAUAAAUGUCUGGAAUGUGGUAAAUGUUUUGGUUGCCAUUCACACCUUAUGAGCCACCAGAUUGUCCACACCGGAGAAAAACCCUAUAAAUGCUUGGUUUGCGAUAAAUACUUUGGCCGCAAAGCACACCUUGCCAGACACCAGGGAAUCUACGCAGGGGAGACACCUUAUAAAUGUUUGGAAUGUGGAAAACAUUUUGCAUGCCAGUCGCAACUUGUGAUCCACCGGAGGUACCACACAGGAGAGAAGCCCUAUAAGUGUUUGGAGUGUGAGAAAUGUUUUGCUGACCCAUCAGCCCUUGUGAGUCACAAGAGAAUACAUGCGGUGGAAAGAUCUCAUAAGUGCUUGGAGUGUGGGAAGAGUUUUGUUCAACAGUCUCAUCUUCUGAAACAUCAGAGAGUCCACACGGGAGAGAAACCGUAUAAAUGUCCAGAGUGUGGGAAAUGUUUUGCUGACCGUUCGGUCUUUGCAAAACACCAGAGAGUCCACACGGGAGAGCGGCCCUAUAAAUGUGCAGAGUGUGGGAAAACCUUUGCACGCCAGGAGCACCUCGGGAGCCACCGGAGAGUCCACACAGGAGAGAAACCUUAUAAAUGCUUGGUGUGUGGGAAGUCUUUUGCCCGUCAGUCCCAUGUUGUCAGCCAUCAGCGAGUCCACACGGGUGAGAAGCCCUGUAAAUGCUUAGAGUGUGGGAAAUGCUUUUCUGAGCGCUCCACCUUUGUGAGACACCAGAGGACCCACACAGGAGAGAAGCCCUAUCGAUGUCUGGACUGUGGGAAAUGUUUUGGUUCCCCUUCGCACCUCACAAGGCAUCACAGGCGUCACACGGGCGAGAAGCCCCAUAGGUGCUUGGAGUGUGGGAAAGCUUUUGCGGAUCGUUCGGCCUUUGUGAAACACCAGCGUGUCCACACGGGCGAGAAACCCUAUAAGUGCACAGAGUGUGGGAGGUGCUUUGCUAACCGAACCCACCUUGUAACCCACCAGCGUGUCCACACAGGAGAGAAACCCUAUGCCUGCUUGGAAUGUGGGAAAAGGUUUAGUGCAAAUAGGAGCCUAAUUCACCAUCAAAGGCAGCAUAUAGGAUAUCCUCUGACUCAGUGUGUGGAAAAUAUUUUAUUGACGAAUCAGGCCUUGUGUGAUGUCGGAGAAGCUGCACAGGAAAAUAAACUGUAUGAGUGGCUGGCAUCUGGGAAGUGGAUUACCCUCCAAGGGGCUCUAGGUCAGAAUGAAGGAGUUCACGCAGAAGGGAAAACCUUAGGAAUGCCUUGCGGUUCUCAGGAGGCACCAAGAGAGCAACCUCCCCCUGAUAUCGAGCCUGUUGCCAAGGUCCUUUCGGAUGAACCAUUGGACGCCCGCCCCCCGUCACCCCGCGCUCGUCGUUGCGAGAAACGGACUGGUGACUUUAGGAAAAAGCAUUUGUGCUCUACGUGUGGGAAAUGUUUUGCUCAUAAGUCGAGGCUCGUCACCCACCAGAGAGUCCACACAGGAGAAAGACCUUUCAAAUGCUUAGAGUGUGGGAAAUGUUUUGCGGACCGUUCAACCUUUAUGAAACACAAGAGAAUCCACACUGGAGAGAAGCCCUAUAAAUGCUUAGAGUGUGGGAAAUGCUUUGUUACAAAAGCAGAGGCGGUGAUACAUCAGAGGAUUCACACUGGAGAAAAACCCUAUAAAUGCUGCGAGUGCGGAAAGUGCUUUGCUCAGCGUUCACAACUUGCUAGCCACCGGAGAGUCCACACUGGGGAGAAACCUUAUAAGUGCUUGGACUGUGGAAAGUGCUUUGCUCACCAGUCCCCCUUUGUGAGCCACCGAAGGUUCCACACAGGCGAGAAGCCUUAUAAAUGCUCCGAGUGUGGCAAAUGUUUUAUUCAGCAGUCACAAUUUGCAAGCCACCAGAGAGUCCACACCGGAGAGAAACCCUAUAAAUGUUCUGAGUGUGGGAAAUGCUUUGCGUACCUGUCGUCCUUCGUGAGCCAUCGAAGACUGCAUACGGGGGAGAAGCCCUACAAAUGUUCAGAGUGUGGGAAGUGUUUUGCUCAACAACCACACCUUAUGAGCCAUCAGGUAAUCCAUACAGGUGAGAAACGCUGUAAAUGCUUAGAGUGUGGGAAAUGUUUUGCUAGCCCUUCUGGGCUUAAAAGCCACAAGAGAGUCCACACAGGAGAGAAGCCCUACAAAUGUACAGAAUGUGAGAAAUGUUUUUCUGCUCAGUCCAGCCUCGUGAGCCACCAGAGGAUCCACACAGGAGAGAAACCCUUUCGGUGCUCAGAGUGUGGGAAAUGUUUUGCUGACAGCUCAACCUAUGUGCAACACAAAAGGAUUCACUCUGGUGAGAAGCCCUAUAAAUGCUUGCAGUGUGAGAAAUGUUUUGCUGGACGUUCAGCCCUUGCGAGCCACCGCAGAGUCCACACGGGAGAGAAACCCUAUAAAUGCUCUGAAUGUGGGAAAUGUUUUCCUUAUGGUUCAGACCUUGUGCGACACAGAAGAAUCCACACAGGAGAGAAGCCCUAUAAAUGUAUGGAAUGCGGGAAAUGUUUAACUGACACCACGGCUUAUGUGAACCACCUCAGAGUCCACACGGGAGAGAAACCCUAUCAGUGUUUGGAGUGUGGGAAAUGUUUUGCGUACUCUUCGGCAUUUGCAAACCACCAAAGAGUUCACACAGGAGAGAAACCCUACAAAUGUUCCAAGUGUCGGAAGUGCUUCUCCGACAGUUCAGCCUUUUCGAGGCACCGUAAAGUCCAUAGCAGAGAAGAACCUAAAAAAACGCAUUAAAGCCUUUGCUGAGUAGCUAAAUAGCAUGGUGAAAGCUGAUCUUGUUUCACAAAGCUAGUAAAAAAAUUCCCUGUGAGGAAAAAAACACGUUUAAACAACAAGAAUGUAUGUCUGCUUAGAACAAGGGUGGGGAGCCUCAGGCCUGGAGCCAAAUUUUGCCCUCAGAGCCUGUCUGUAUGUCUUUCAGGGCUCUUUUGGGGCCACACACCUAACUGGCCCUGUUCCAGGCCCUCCUUGAGUGUUUUUGCAUGGCUAGGAUGUAUCCUUGAACUGUGAUAAUGCUUCUUGCUUGGGCAGAAAGAUAUAUGUAGAAACUGGUGACUUUCACAUGGCUGGAAUGUAGCCUACUUAUCAAAGGUGCUGCCCUUUGGUCGUCCCACAUUUGCCUCUGGCCCCUCCCACCACUUCCUGCAGGUUGCCCAUGAGCAGGGGUGUAGUCUCCUGGGGUCGCGGCGGAGCAUAGACCCCUUUAUUUGGGAGAAGGGGUAGGGUCCCUAUAUUUCCAGCAUCCUCUGAGUUCACCUGUAUCUCGGUGGAAUUCAAAGAAUGAACGGUAGUCCAUGAAAGCUUGUACCAUAAAUGAAUGUUAGUUAUACAGUAAUGAACUUCCUGUAAGAAGGAAAAAAAUAGUAUUCUUUGAAGAUAAUGGUGUUGGCAGAGCUUGGAAAAGUUACUUUUUUGAACUACAACUCCCAUCAGCCCCAGCCAGCAUGGCCACUGAAUUUGGCUGAUGGGAGUUGUAGUUCAAAAAAGUAAUUUUUCCAAGCUCUGGGUGUUGGAAUUAAUAGGGCUGAAAGAGGUUAAGUAUUAAUCUAAUUUAGGAAAUCUAGAUCAAAGUACAAAGUGCAAACAUUACUUUAGGACGGGUUGGGAACCUCUGAUUUGGGGGCCUCUCUAUCUGUCUAAUGUUAUCCAGGUGAGGCAAGGAACCAAUGGUAACCUAUCCACUAAAAUACCAGUUUACAGGGGGGUUACGCAAGGGUGUCUAUUGGCUCCCUUUUUAUUUAAUUUUUUUAUAAAUGACAUCGUAGUGGCAUUGUCAUCGCCUUCCUUUCCCACCCCCCUCAAUUGGUGCCAAAAAGAUUUCCAUUCUUUUACACGCUGAUGAUGUGGCCUUAUGCUCUCAAACAAAAAUAGGCCUUAAGUGUAUGAUUCAAAAAUUGGAAGAGUACUGCCAUUCCCAGAAUCUUACGAUCAACCAAGCUAAAUCCAAAAUAAUGGUUUGUGGCAAGUUUAUGAAAGCUAAAAAUAAAUGGUCAAUAAAUGGAGUGCAAAUAGAACAGGUUUCAACGUUUAAAUAUCUAGGAAUCUAUUUGUCUAAUAGACUCUCUUGGACCCCGCAGAUAAAGGCAGCAACUCUUGUAGGUUCCCGAGCCCUCGGCUUAGCCAAAAAGUUUUUUUUUUUACUCGGGGGGGUCAGCUUGUCCCCCCCAUGAUAAAAAUUUUAAAGGCCAAAAUACUCUCGAAGAUUUUAUAUGGCAUAGAAUUGUGGGGAGCCGCAGCCAGAUCCAAUUUGGAUUCUUUACAAAAUACUUUUAUGAGGCAAGUGUUAGGCCUUCUGAAGGGGACUCUGGCAGCCCAUCUUAGAGCAGAGCUGGGACUGCCUUCAGUCGCAGCCCGUAUUGAUUUAGCCUAUUUGCGAUUUUGGCUUCGGAUUUUUAACAUGGAUGACUCAGCCCUAGUCAAGCUAUGUUGGAAAGAUCAAUUGAUUUCGGGAGGUUGGGCGUUGAUAUGCCAGUCGAUUCUUUCAAAAUAUGAUCUCUCUCAAACUAAAUUGAUGGAACUUAGUAAAGUUGGCCUCCAUAAUUGGAUUUUUGACUGUGACACUGCGCAGGAUCGCGUGUCCAUAGUAACGGCCUCUUUCUCAGUUUCGUUUCCAGGUUUUAAACUUAAUCAUUUUAUGUCAAAAUAUUUAGAUGUUCUUGAUAGAGCUCUGGUUAGAAGAGCUUUCACAGCUCUGCGUUUUCAAGUAAUGCCUACGGCAUAUCUUGAAGGCUGGUUUCGUGGCAUUCCAGUGGCACAGCGUCAAUGUAUCUAUGGCUGCAAGGCAGUUGAGGAGAUUGUUCAUUAUUUGUUUUACUGUCCACUAUAUGAAGACCCUAGAAAAAAAAUUUAAAACCCUUUUUUAAAUUAUUUGACACCUUGCUCUGAUAGAGAGAAGGUCACCGUGCUUUUACUCGACAAUUUUAAUCCAGCGCCUCUGGCGGUACCCAACUUUGCAUUGGCUGCACAAAAAUUGAGGGAGUCCUUUGUCAAAGAGAGGAUUGCUAUGAUUUAGCCUCUAGGUUAAUAUUGUCAAUGGUUCGUUAUUAUCACAAUGUAUGUAUAUUCACUUGCAUAUGGCUUAUGGCUAAAUUUGCAACAAAGUUUACUUACUUAUUAAUCUAAUUUAGGAAAUCUAGAUCAAAGUACAAAGUGCAAACAUUACUUUAGGAUGGGUUGGGAACCUCUGAUUCGGGGGCCUCUCUAUCUGACCCUUGGGACGCCCUCCCAGGCUACACCCCUCAUCAGCCUUGCGUCUCACUCUCCUUGCUGAGUGCGUUCUUGCAGUCUGAUAACUACUGGAAAGUGCAAGUGUGUCUAAAAACCAGCCUACUGUACCAAGGCAACAUUUAUAUCCAUUGCUCUGCUUGGUUUUGCCUUUCGCUCCGCCCACCACUGGCAGUGGCCCCUGGAAGGUUGCCUAAAACGGAAUGCGGCCCUCAAGCUGAAGGUUUCUCAUGCCUGUCAUAGGAACGUGAAGAGAUAGUGAAACUUGGGUAAAGGAAAGAAUCAGUUUUAGAAGGUCUAUUGUUAAAAUGCUGCAGAGGCAUUUCCUUUUUAGUUCAAUGAUGUUUGUCCUGCUUUCAGGCUUCCCAUUGGCUUCUGGUUGGCUCCUAUCAGAAUAAGAUGCUGGUCUAGAUGGGCCAUUGGCCUGAUCCAGCAGGCUCUUCUGAUGUUCUUAUGCUUGUUUAGUCAUGAAAAAGUAUCAUAAGGGCGAGGAUGCAGCUGGAAGAUACAAAGGUUGUGCUGAUGAUCUGACUCUGAAGCAGCUUUUUGGCAGCUUGGUAGGAUUCUGAGAUUAAAAAAAACUAAUCUCCUAAAAAUUACCUGUUAUUUGUGAUGUUAUGCCUCCAAAAUGUAGUGUAUAAAUAAAUGAGUCUCAAACUGUGUAUUGCUCAUACUUGUCCAAAGGAAAAUAAAGUAGUCAUUGAGAAAGUUU